AUGGCCACAGUCGCAAGACCGCCCAGCGAUGUCACACUUCGAGAGAUCAAACAGAAUCAGGCGGCGUUGAUGAGCCGGAUCAAUGAGGCCGUGUAUUCCAGUGGUGGAGAGUCGAUCCCUCUGAUCGACAUAGGCCCUUCUCUCAACGGCGACGAAUCAGCUAGGCGAUCUGUCGCAGCACAGAUCGGGAAAGCAUGCCGUGAGAUAGGGUUCUUCCAGAUCACAAACCACGGGGUCAGCCAGCAGGCCCAGGCCGGUAUCCUGGAACAAGCCAGGCGCUUCUUCCACGAGUUGCCCCAGGCCAAGAAGAAGGAACUGCAUAUCAACAACUCAGGUCUUUUCCGCGGCUGGGAGCCUAGCGAUGUUUCCAACGUCAACCCCGACGACUGGAAGACCACGAGCAAGGAGACCAAGGAGGCUUUCAACUGGGGCUACGAGCCUAAACUCGACCCCACAGGUGGCGACGGCAAGUAUGUGGAGUUAGAUCUGGUAUCAUACCCAAAUGGGGCAAACGUCUGGCCCAGUGAGAAAGAUCUUCCAGGAUUCUUCGAGAAGAUCAGGGAAUACCACGGUGAAGUCCUGACGCUCGCACGGCACCUCCUGAGGCUGUUCGCUCUAGCAAUGGAGCUAGAAGAGUCGUACUUCGAUGGAAUGACAACGCAUCCGGGAACCAUCGCCCGGCUCUUGUACUAUCCUCCGCAGAAGCCCAGAUCCUCAACCGACUUGGCCAAGGAGGCAGACGAGAUCGGUCUAGGCGCGCACACAGAUUACGAGUGCUUCACAUUGCUCCUGUCCGACUCGAAUCCAGGGCUGGAGGUCCUUUCGCCAACACCAGACGCAGCUUCUGGUCGGCCCAAGUGGAUCUCAGCACCUGCACCGCCGAAUAGCCUGACAGUAAACAUUGCAGAUUUUUUCAUGAGGUGGACGAACGGGCAGUUCAGGAGUACUGUCCAUCGGGUUGUGAACAGGAGCCCUGAGAAGGAGAGAUACAGCGUGCCGUUCUUCUUCUCGGUGAAUUACGACCAGAAGGUGUCGACGCUGCCAACUUCCGCCUCGGAGUCUGGCUCAUCCGAGGCCGAGGAAAUCCAGGCGGGACCUUGGAUUUUGGAAAGACUGCGGGCUACAUUAAAGCAAGAUCCGGAAUAA